GAUUGACGGCGUGACAACACACCUGGUCCUGGUUCGAUCUCUGAGCAUGCAAGCUGAAUUAAGGAUCUCAAGAUGAAAUGGCGAAGGAGACAUCAAUGAUUCAUUAUACAUUUUAUGAAUCGCAACCGAUCUAGCAAGGCUGGAAAAUACCAUUACAAACCCGCCGCUUUCCGGUCGAUCCAUUUGGGUGUGGCUUGGUUGGUGGUUGACAAAACAAUCACGUUAUCACGAUGCGCUUCACCAGCUCAUUAAGAGGCGGCCUCGUCGCGUUGGUCGCACUCGGUCAACCCAUUUGCACCUGGAGCAAGACCAUCACUCAUGACUUCCACUUGAGUUGGAUCAAGACCAACCCAGACAACGCAUUUGCGAAAACCACAAUCGGCAUCAACAACCAAUGGCCACCUCCACUUAUCACUGCCACCGUCGGUGAUGAAGUCGUCGUGAACCUCCACAACGGCCUUGGAAACACCACAACUAGCCUGCACUUCCACGGCCUCUUCCAGAAUGGCACUAGCCACAUGGACGGCGCCGUCGGCGUCACCCAGUGCCCCGUACCGCCGGGCCACACCUUCACCUACCGCUUCAAGGUUGACCAGCCGGGCACGUACUGGUACCACGCCCAUAACAACGGGCAGUACCCUGACGGUCUGAGGGGUCCCGUCGUCGUGCACGACCCGACCGGGCCGCACGAGGGCAAGUACGACGACGAGAUUGUCUUGACCUUUUCUGACUGGUACCACCGUCCGAUGAAGGAACUGAUCGCCGACUUCCUAAACUACAAGAACCCAUCGGGCGCGGAGCCGGUGCCACAGGCGGCGCUGAUGAACGACACGCAAGACCUGCGCGUCAAGGUCGAGCCGGGCAAGACGUACCUGGUCAGGAUGGUCAACGUCGGCGCGUUCGCCUCGCACUUUGUCAGAUUCGAGGGCCACCAGGUGCGUAUCGUAGAGGCUGACGGCGUGUGGAUGGAAGAGUCGGCACCGGUGGAUGUGUUAUACCUCGCUGCCGCGCAGAGAUACAGCGUUCUGCUCAAGGCGAAAUCGGACGCGACUGAGAAUUUUGCAAUUGUCUCCACGAUGGACGAGGAACUCUUUGACGAUGCUCCCGAGGAUCUGAACCCGUCCGUAACAGGAUGGCUGGUGUAUGAUGAGGAGAAGCCCCUACCGGAGCCGGACAAAUUGGCGCCUGACAGCGGGAUUGUGCUGGACGAUAUGAACCUUGUGCCUGCGGACAAGUUCAGGUUGUUGGAUACUGUGAGCCAAUCGAUUGAGUUCAACGUGCACAUGAAAAUUCUCGGGAACGGAGUAAACUACGCAUUCUUCAACAACAUCACCUAUGUCGGCCCCAAGGUCCCAACACUCUACACGGCACUCACGGUCGGUGGCGCGACCCACGCUACGAACCCCAUCGUUUACGGCAGCUACACCAACACCCACGUGCUGCGCCACAACGACGUUAUCGAACUGGUCGUAAACAACUUUGACGACGGCGACCACCCUUUCCACCUGCACGGGCAUAACUUCCAAGUCAUCACCCGCUCCGACGCCGACGCGGGCCCCUACGUCCCGUCCAACCGGCCACGGCUUCAGAGAGACGUGCCGCUCCGCCGCGACACGGUCCUGAUCCGCGGCAACGGCCACGCCGUGCUCCGCUUCGUCGCCGACAACCCGGGCGCCUGGCUCUUCCACUGCCACAUCGAGUGGCACAUGGAGCAGGGGCUGGUCGCGACGCUGGUGUCCGCCCCGGACCAGCUCCUCACCGCCGCCGGCGCCAAGCACCCGCAAUUGCCCCGGUCGCACCUCGAGUCGUGCAAGCUGUCCGGUAUGGCGGACGCCGGAAACGCGGCCGGGAAUGUGGAUGACGUGCUGGACCUGACGGGCGAGAACAGGCCGCCGCCGCCGCUGCCGACCGGAUUCACGACCAAGGGUUACGUGGCUCUGGUGUGCAGCGGCUUGGCGGCAGUGAUGGGCAUGGCGAGCAUAUGGUACUAUGGGAACAUCCCGGAUUUGCAAAAGGGGUACGAGGCUAUAUAACGAGGAGCCUUGAUUUUUUUUUUUUUUUCCAAAAUAAAUUAAAUCACGAGUCGCCUUGUUUAACCUGUUGUGCCUGUUCAUGUUCUGUAAAGUACGAUAUUUUCUCGACAAUAAAGCUCAGCAUGGCUGAGACUUUUCAUUUCUAGCUUUUUGUACCUGAAUGCAGCUAAUAUGUACAAGAUAUUGACAUGAAAAGACGGGAAAGACGUAAGAACCAUGCAGAGAAAUUUUGGGGGUAUUUAACGAAAGUCAUGAAAAAAUUGGGAAAUAUGCGCAAAAUAGAUGUAGUGGUUAUGAUGUGGAGCUCGUUCGACCGUAUGAUGAAGUUAAGGUUGUACAAAGGCUCAGCGUAGCGAGGGUAGGACAAAAAAAAUUGUCAAAAGACGUGGGGACAUUAGAUGAUAAUGCCCAACGACGAUAGAGAAGUGGACGCUCCGAGGCGAAUGAGUGUGAAACUUCCGCAAGGAAAUAAUGCCGCAGGGUAUGCCCUGAUAGAUAAGGGAUAUGAGAAAUGAAGACCUCCGAAGAGGUGGAAAGGGGGAGGGGAAC